UCAUUAACCAAUUCUGGUUAGGAAAUGGAAGAAGUGAAGCUACUUGGAGCUUGGCCUAGCCCAUUUUGUUACAGAAUCAUAUGGGCUCUAAAACUAAAGGGUGUUGACUAUGAAUACAUAGAAGAGGAUCUCUUCAACAAGAGUGAUCUUCUUCUACAGUACAACCCAGUUCACAAGAAGGUCCCAGUGCUCAUUCAUGGUGGAAAACCAAUACCAGAGUCAUCUGUUAUACUUGAGUACAUUGAGGAGACUUGGCCACACAAUCCACUAAUUCCUGGUGACCCUUAUGAGAGGGCUAUGGCUAGGUUUUGGACAAAGUUCAUAGAUGACAAGGACCCAACUUUUUUUGCCUUCUUUCAAACUGUGGGAGAAGAACAAGAGAAGGCAACAGAAGAAGCCAGAGAAGUGUUGAAAGUGAUCGAAGAACAUGGUCUAAAGGAGAGAAAAUUCUUGGGGGGUGAGAAAGUAGGGAUGGCAGACUUGGCCUUGGGAUGGAUAGCUGGUUGGCUUGAAAAAAUGGAAGAAGCACUUGGUGGUGUGAAGCUCUUGGAGGCUCAUAGUCUUCCUCUGUUAAUGGCUUGGAUCAAGAAUUUUAGAGAUGUCCCAGAAAUCAGAGACAACUUUCCUGAUGGUCAUCAAUUGUUGCCCUAUUUUAAAGGCCUAAGAGAAAGGUUUAUUGUUCAAGCAACAGUGUAAAACAACAGUGAUUAGUGCAGUUUGGAGUUGAGUUCUAUUGUUCAAUAAUUUGAAGAAGAAGAAGUUCAAGACAUGGUCAAGAGUCAAAGUUUUGAAAAAAUAAAUAUGAUAUGUUUGUAUGAUUGUGCAAUUAUUUUAUACUAAACAGAAAACAGUCAUAUUUGACCACAAGUGGCACAUUAAAAUAAACAUUUGUUUUCUUGAGCAAAAAAUAAUGAUAAAG